AUGAAGAUCCUCGACUACGUUUCGCCGCGAGCCCUCAAGGAAUGGGAGUCCAACAUGGAGGCAGAGCUCGACGGGGACCGUAAGAAGCUGGCCCACGAAAAGCACGCGGGCGGCGAAGCGUCUACGUCGCACAGGACCAGGCUGGAAGGCUUUGACGGGCUUUCCAACGACGAGGGCGGAAUCCCCUCUAUGCAGAUAGCUCGCGAGGCCCGCUGGUACAUGGCCGACGACUUCGAAGUCGACGUUGUUGAUGAUGGCAAGCAGUCUGCGCUUGAAUCGGAAUGGGGCACUUGGGGGCUUGGCGCCAUUGCGCAUGCGUGGGUGGUCAAGCGACUCGAGAACAUGGCUGUCUACGACGUCGAGGGACGCGGGCUGGUGCGCUACCUUCAGAUGCGAUGGGAAGGCAACUGGCCUCCGGAUCGGAAUCCGACAUGGGAGUCGGAAGAGAACAUUCCGUCAAAGAUGCGAAGCCUUGCCAACAAGGUUACCGACGAUACAUUAGGGUCGAACCAUGGUGAAGAUGGCGCCGAUGACGAUGUGCGCGACGCCGGCGUGACGUCAGCCUUCGGCCAAGAGGGCGACGACGAGGGUGAGCCGUUUAUCAUUGAAGAGGAACAGGUCCGUCCGGCCAAGGCGGCAAGGGCAAUGAAUGGACUGCUAACGCCGGCCUUGGGUUCCAGGCAGCGGCGUUCUCACCUGGCUUUCCAGUGGGACUUGCUCUUCUCGACGCCGACUGUCAUUCGGGCCGUAUCGUCGUUGCUUAUGGGAGCCCGCUUCUUGUGA